AUGUCUUCUUCAGCCGUACCUAUCAACGUUCAACAGAGCCUCGCCCACGACGAGCAGCCUGUCGACAAUUUCAACUCAAUGCCGAGGACCACCUCAAACCCGAACACACCGAACACUGUACCGCCAACCCCGACCCGUGCGGCAUCCUCCUCCAGUCCGCCAGUUACACCCCAGUCCGACUUCAAAUACUCGACCAACCCAUGCACCCAUCGUGCCCUGGUCUCCUCACCAAUCCCGGCCACUCCCAAGCGGCCAUACGGCCCAUUUAAUCCCAGUCCAGCCGUCUCACCCAACUCAGCCCUCUCAACUCCUGCCAUAUCUCCUAUCCCACCAUCCCAAUCCACCUGGGUUCCCCUAGUGAUGCCCUGGGACAGACCCGACAGGAACCAUUGGCCGCGGCCCGGAUGGACUCCUGCCCCUGUACUUGGCCCACCGACACCUCCUGGGAUGACACCAUCCGAGCAAGAAGAUUUCGAAAAUAACCGUAUCUGGAGAAUCUGGCAGGCCGUUUUAAGAGAUGAGCAGGAGUAUCAUAGGUGGCAGUACCAUGUGUUGGUACGGCGAAUGAGAAGGGAGCAGGGACUGGCUCGCAUACAACAAAAUGAGCGGCGGAUACAAGAGCUGUUGGCUGCGCAGCAGGAGGCGUACGAACGGCCUGUCAAGGCUCCGAUCGCAGCAUCCGCAUCAAUCUCGGCCCCAGCUCUGGUUGCUUCUUCAUCCACUCCGGCCUCCAUUAAUUGCCACUGUAGCAAGAAAUCUGCCUCUACUCUCUCACGCGAGAUGAAGUCGCUCGCCCAGCUUGGCGGAGCUGGCAAUACCAUUUGUCCUUACCAGAGAAAGCGCGAUCCCGACUAUGACGAGGAGGAGGAUGCUGACUUGAACGCUCAGACAUCUGGCACACGGGUCAGGAAUGCACCGAUGAGAGAGGAUACCAUGCCUGGAGUGUGGGCCGGACGACUGCGCCCCCGGGUCGUCAAGAAACAAUACAAGAGCAGUGAUAGGAGAGGGUCAAGUGGAAGCAAACUUGGUGGUUGCCGGAAGGGGAAGGACAGGAAGUAG